AUGUCGUGGAGAAGCCAAGGAAUCACCGGUUCCAACAACAUCCCUCUCGGGAAGCGUCGCUUCGGAGAUGAGGAGGAGGAGUUUAAUGGCAACGCUGGAGUCGAUCGCGACUUGAAGCGUGGACGCGAUCCUGAACCUCGCGGCGAUGCUGAUGGACCUCGACGACGAAAGAAGCGAAACCGAUGGGGUGAUGCAUCCGAGAACAAAGCGGCUGGCCUCAUGGGCUUGCCCACUGCUAUCUUGUCCAACAUGACAAGUGAACAGCUUGAGGCAUACACACUGCAUUUGCGUAUCGAGGAAAUCUCCCAGAAGCUUCGCAUCGACGAUGUCGUCCCAGCUGACGGCGAUCGAUCUCCUUCUCCCGCUCCUCAGUACGACAACCACGGUCGGCGUAUCAAUACACGAGAGUACCGAUACCGAAAGAAGCUUGAAGAUGAGCGCCACAAGCUCAUCGAGAAGGCCAUGAAGACCAUUCCUAACUACCAUCCGCCACAGGAUUAUCGUAGACCUACAAAGACUCAGGAGAAGGUCUAUGUUCCUGUUAACGAUUAUCCGGAAAUUAACUUCAUUGGUUUACUUAUCGGACCUCGAGGUAAUACUCUGAAGAAAAUGGAAGGAGACUCAGGCGCCAAGAUCGCCAUUCGUGGCAAGGGCUCCGUAAAGGAGGGUAAGGGUCGGUCUGAUGCCGCGCACGCCAGCAACCAGGAAGAAGAUCUGCACUGUCUCAUCAUGGCCGAUACCGAAGAGAAGGUCAACAAGGCCAAGAAGCUCAUCCACAACGUCAUUGAGACUGCUGCGUCUAUUCCUGAAGGCCAGAACGAACUCAAGCGAAACCAGCUCCGUGAACUCGCCGCGCUCAACGGUACCCUCCGAGACGACGAGAACCAGGCUUGCCAGAACUGUGGCAAGAUCGGUCAUCGCAAGUACGACUGCCCCGAGAAGCAAAACUUCACUGCAAGCAUCAUCUGUCGCGUUUGUGGCAACGCUGGUCAUAUGGCUCGCGAUUGUCCCGACCGACAGCGUGGUGCUAGCUGGCGCCAGAAUGAUGCUGGUGCUCGCCCUGCUGGUCGUAUCGGUGGCGGAGAUGAUGUUGACCGUGAAUACGAGCAACUCAUGCAAGAGCUUGGUGGAGGGUCUUCUGGAGCCCCUGCGCGUAUCGAGGCCGGCCCUGGCGCUCAGAACAACGGAGACGCGAAGCCUUGGCAGCGAGGCCCUACUGGUGGUCCUGCACCAUGGCGCAGCCGCAACCAGGAUUCUAACGAAGGUGGAUCGGCAGCUCCCUGGGCUAGAGAUCGCGGUGGUCGCAACGACGACCAUCAAGGCGGUAACGCUGCCGAUAGCUACUACGGACAGGCUUAUGCAGGUGCCUCAGGUGCCGCUGCUCCCUGGGCGCAACAGGCUCCUGGAACUCAGGGUGGGUAUGCUGGCUAUCCUGGCUAUGGUGCCUACGGUGCUGCUCCCGGAAUGGGAGCUCCUCCUGGCCUUGGUGCUCCUGGCAGUGCGCCCCCUCCUCCUCCUGGUGCUCCCCCAGGCCUGGGAGACAUUAACGCCUUUAUUCAGCAGUAUGCCGGCGCUGCACCUCCUCCUCCGCCUUCUGGAGAUGCCCCGCCACCACCUCCCAGUGAUCAGCCUCCGCCUCCCCCACCUCCCGGUGCCUAA